AAAUCCAUUUCUUUGUUGCAGGCACAAUGUCGAGAAGUCCUGAAAAGCACAGAUUUGAAGAUUCCCAAUACCAGUGUGAGGAUUAAAACAGAAAGAGUAGAAAAUGAAGAAAUCGCCCAACAAUCGUGCCAUACGAAACCAUAUACAGUUCACCCUACAGUGACUGCAUUGUACAGAAAAUAUCCAAAAAUGCACCUUCCUUCUAUAAGUUUACUGUCAAAUGUCGAUCCUUGUGUCUCUCUGGAAUUGGAUGCAGUUGAAAGUUAUUUUCAAAGCAGGAACUUGAAAAUGCAGAGAUAUGUUCAGUUAGCUCUUCGAGCAAGUGAUAAAUAUAUGCCAAAGAAAAUAUCCAAUGUAGCGAAGUCACCAAGAAAUAAUUCAUCCGAAAUAGUUGCCAAUACUGAGCAAGCCAAUAGGAUCAGCCCUAUAAAUAUUAAGAUUAAAAAAACAGGUUACACAAUAGUCAGAUCUCCGAAAGCUGACAAAGGUGAUAUUAAUUUUGUGGUAAGUUCAUCGACCCAAAAUACAAACAAUUCGGAUUCAGUUGAAGAAGUUUCAACCGUUCAUAAAAAAAAACACAAGAAAAGAAGACAUUCGGGUGAUACCUCGAUAGAACCAAAACCAAAAAAAUCUUUCUCGAUAAAUUCUUCUGACAUGAUUCUCUCGCAACCGCUAGUUCAAGAGGAAUUGGCCACUGUUUGCAAUGAAGAAACACCACAAGCGUUCGAGUGUGACAUAUGUAGUUCAAAGUUCUCCAGUGCUAAACAUCUGCAAAACCAUAAAGAACAUCAUUUACGUUGCAUGUUUUGUAAAUUGGAAUUCAGGUCUGUUGAAAUGAAACUGCAGCAUAUCGAAAAUUCUUGUUUGGUCAAGGAGGCCAUGAAUAAUUCACCUGACGUGGUAGUGGAAAGAGUUGAUUCGGAUUUGAAUAUUCGACAACAGUUUUCAAAAACAUUCGAGUCAAUAGCUUCACUCACUGAUCUGAAGAAACCUGCUGAAUCAGCUUCCGAUGUAAUUGAAAUUCAUUCAGAUGAUGAAGAUUCGUCUGUAUCAACAUCCAAAAGUCAAUGUGGAAAAUUGGAAACAAACUCAAUUAAAAAUAAUUCAGUUUCAGUGAUAAAACCGGAUGUCAAAAUGAAAAAUAGUAACGUAAUGGACAGCUUCGAUACAAAAACUCCAGAACUGAAAGUGGUGACAGAACUUUUGGCAAACUUCCUCACUCUUCAGUCAAACGGUGAAGUAUCAACUCAAACAGAACUGCCAGCUACAGGCUCGAUUGAAGUUGAUAAGGAAAAGUUCUCCGUUGAUUUGAAAAGUUUGCAACAACAGUUACACUAUUAUCAAAUACCAAUUGUCAUUCGAAAUGGAUCAAUAAAUGCAUCAUAUACUUAUCAAUCUACUCCCAAGAAGCCGAAAACAAUGAAACUUUGGAAAGAUCUGAAUCCAAUUGAUGUCACAUCUAGUAAUGACGAUCGAGUCUCAAAUAGCGAUCCCAAGAUUGCAGAAACUCUUCCAAAUCACUCUAGUGAUGCCACUAAUAAUGUUAAUAACGAUCAGCUAUCCUCCCACACUAGUGUUCAUAGUUCAAAAAAUGUUUCUGAUGAUACUUCUAAACGGCCUGAACUAAUUUCUCGACGAAAUUCUCUCGAAGUAACACCUCUUCCACAGACGGCCCCUCUAAAUACAACUCCUCUUUCCCCUAUUGCAGAUCUGCCAUCACUGAAGAAUACUGCUCAGGUACCAACUAGUUUUGUAUCUUCCCCACUUGAUAUCACUUCACACGAAAAAUCUCCAAUUCAAGCUACUGCUCCAAUUACUAAAAGUUCAAAUUCACGUUUACCAUAUAUUAAUUCUGAUUCGCGCAUGAAAUCACCCAUCCUAGCGAAAUCUCCGGGGUCCGUCGACAAUCUACCCUCGAUCACUCCUCUCCAAGCGGCUAAUUGUAAUUCUGUGCCAUCUAACUCUGCAAUGGAUAGUUUUGAAGAGUGGAUCUGUCAUAUGAGUGCAUUGGCUAAUGUUGAUAGAAAUUUCAACUCGCAUUGCAUUUCUAGUAAUAAUGCCGAUUCACUUAUGCACUCUAAACCUAAUUCCAUCGGCAAUUCAACCUCGUUUACUUCUGUUGCAACAUCGAAUUCAGGAGCUAGACAAUCCGCAACAGUAACAUGCCAGGAUAUGGGUCACAAUGGCAGUACAUUUGAUCCUCAUAUAUAUUACGCAAAAAAAACAAAAAUCCCCAAAAAGGUUUCAAAAUCGAGGAAUGAGGCGUUUGAAAAAAAAUCUGCGAACUGUUGUUCAAGUGAUGUUUCUGAAUUUAAUAAUCCCAAUGUUAACAGUCAAAAUAUUUUCAAUAACAGGCCAAUUCAAAAUUCGACACUUGAUAAUAAUAUCCUUCGGCAAAAAAUGUUGUUUGCUCGUCUUCCACCUCCUUCAUAUUCUAAUAGUAGUGCCCCUAUUCAAAGCACCCAGUCGUACAGGUUUCCCUAUAGUAACACUACUUCUUGGACAGUCAACCAAACUUCAGGUCAACAGUUUUCUGCCCAUGGGUGUAAUGACUAUCGGCAAUAUUUUUCUCAGGUCCAGAAAUCGCUUGAAUCUCGUUCAACUAUCAUGACUAGUUCCACCUAUUUUCCGAGAAAUCCUUUGAACACCGCCACGUAUUUUCCUGCGUCAAAUCUACUUCGUCAGUCCCUUGAAAGUUCCAAAGUAACUCCUUCCACAGUUACUGGAUCUGUAACUACCCUCAGUAGCUACCCUAGUAACUCCCCUUAUACGAGCGCAUCAUACGCCAGUGUCAUUGUGAAUCCUGCCUCUCAGAGAUAUUCCACAGAUGGUCAAAUACCCAAUACGACGCAUGCUAAAUCACAGGCUACUUCAAACCCCCCCCUAACUGAGCCUGUCAAAAAGUUGAAUGUUGGCUCCAUCAGAGUGAGGAAUGUGUAUGAGAUGACUUGAGUAUAUAUCUACCUACUGCCUAGGUAGACCGUGCAUAUGAGUGCAUAUUGAUUUAACAAUCAUAGCACAUUCCAGGAAAGUCAAAAUUUCCAUAAAUCUAUCGUUAACUAUAAUUACCUGAUAGUUUCAUAAUAUAUGAAAAAAAAAAUGGCACUUUUUUUCGAAUUUUGCAAAACAUUUGUUGAGCAUCAUUUAAAAAAUAAGUAGCCACUUGAAAUGAGCAAUGUAUGUCAUUUUUUCAAAUUUGACUUUCAAUGUAUUCCCAACUAUUCAUGUUGCCAUGUAAUAAACAACAGGUAUAACUCUUGAGGUGUUCACUUUCGUUUUUAUUUUUAUAUAUUUAUUAUACUAUUCGGUUAUUUUUCUGAGUGAUCAUCUCAGAUACUGAUAGCAAUAACUAUGUAAUCAUUUGAUUAAAAUUGUGAUAUUAUGCCAAAAUACGCUGCACGUUUUCUUUUGUUAUUGUAUAACACAAUCAUUAUGGAAAAGUUGAAUUUGUCGAAUUUUUCCAUUCUCAAUUGGAGAAUAAGCGUUUUUGUGAAUAAAUAUAAAAUUUUGUUACAAUAAAAUUUUUUAUUAUGAGG